CGUCAUUUCUGUUUUCGUUUUCGUGGCUCGCCGUCCGGUCCUAUCUGUGACGUGCGUUCUCUGUUUCUGUGAUUCAAGAGAAGCCAUUUUGUUGUUACGAAAACCACUCAGUGUUUGAACUAAAAGCUUUGUUUUUUUUUUUUUUUAAUACUUCUAAUACCAAUUUAAUACCAUUUUACCAUCAAUUGAUCUAGUUUUUAUACUAUUAUUUGUACAUCAACGCGGAAUAUGGCUUGCGCUACGUUAAAACGGUCACUGGAUUUCGAACCCCCUAUGUGCAGACCAACGAAAAGACAAAGGUGCACGCCUAUGAGCAUAUCGCCUUCUAGCUCUCCACCAAACAGCUCCAGAUCUGAAUAUGUUUCACCCCAUUUUGGUGGUGAUGUAGUGCCAAAAAUCACAGCAGAAAUGUUGUCUGCUAGUUUAACUGAAGAAGUUCAAAGGAUGCGUCGCAAACGUCAGCUUAAUAUGGAAUUAUCUGAAAAUCGUAAUUUGGAUGACAGUUCUUCAGACAGUUCAUCUGAGAACACAUUUCCAUCCUCAGCCAAAGAUAAACCGCUCUUCACUUUUCGUCAAGUAGGAAUGAUUUGUGAACGUAUGUUAAAUGAACGCGAAAGUCAAUUACGUGAAGAAUAUGAUAAGAUCUUAAACAUGAAAUUAUCUGAACAGUAUGAAGCUUUUGUUAAGUUUUCGAAUGAUCAGUUGCACAGACGUUUUGAAGCAGCCGAGGAUCCAAGCUAUCUGUCUUAACUCUUCAGCAAUUACAAGCGAUGGUUUUGAAUUUACAACAAAAUUUUAGACGCACUUAAUAGAUAAAAUAAUUAUUCAGCCUUAAGUCAACAAUCGACUGACUAACAAUGUUUUUUAUGUAUUAUACAUUUUUGUAAACUCAAUAUUAUUAAAUUAA